AUCAUCUAUCUGAUCCGAAGUCCCACCAAACUCGACCGAAGCCCUCUCAUCUCGGUCCAGGUUUCAGCGGCUUUGAAAGGGUUCCAGUACAGUGCAGAUAAGGUGGCUGUUAACGGGGGAGAGGACGGCCCUGCUCUGCCUCGACAGGACUGUUGUGAAAGUGUCGAGGUCUUCUGGGCAGGAAUGUAGUGACAGGUCUGGACCUGAACUUCCGCAUUAAGCAGGAAGAAGUCAAGAGUCAGAGGCAGAUGCAAUCAACACACCCAAAUGUGCCUGUGUGUAACUGCCUCUCUGUGGUGAGCGUUGUUAGAGAAUAAUAUUUUGAGGUGGAGCUGGUGUCCAUGAAGCUGUUAUCUUGAAACUAACGGGUGAAAAAAGGAUUAACACAUUUGAAAAGAUGGACGACAUAGACGCCAUGUUCAGUGAAAUGCUGGGGGAGAUGGACCUCCUGACACAGUCUCUAGACUCGAGUCUGGGUCCAGAAACACUCCCUCCUGAGCCCCUCCCCAGCACCAACAAAGAAGUCAACUACUCCUUUGGUUUCACAGACCUCAAUGCGUCCCUCCAUGAACUGGAAGACAACGAUCUGGAUGCUCUCAUGGCCGAUUUGGUGGCCGACCUCAGCGCGACGGAAGAGAAACUUGCAGCACAGAUAGAAGAUCUGAAGAUGCCAUCGCCGCCCCCGUCAGACCUGCCGGCACCACCUGUGGGCCUGAGCACCCACCCUACUUCCUCCAUCGCUUCCCCGACAUCACCAGCGAGCAGCACAAGCAGCAAUGUUAGCACCCCGGCCUCCUCCUCUACUUCCCCCUUACCACCACCUCCUCCUCAGGCUGCAAAGCCUACAAUGGAGGAAAUCGAGGCGCAGAUGAAAGCAGACAAAAUCAAGCUGGCUCUUGAGAAGCUCAAAGAAGCCAAAGUGAAAAAGUUGGUGGUGAAGGUGCUGUUAAAUGACGGCAGCACGAAGACGCUGAUGGUGGACGAGAGGCAGAGCGUGAGGGAGGUUCUGGAUAAUCUGUUUGAGAAGACUCACUGUGACUGCAACGUAGACUGGAGCCUGUGUGAGACCAACCCUGAGCUGAAUCUUGAACGGACGUUUGAAGACCACGAGAACCUCGUGGAGCCUCUGUUAGCAUGGACGAGAGACAGCGAGAACAAAAUCCUCUUCCAGGAGCGACCAGGAAAAAACGAGGUUUUCAAAAACCCACAGAACUUUUAUCUUUGGAAGAAAGACAAGAGAGCGCUCAAAGAAAUCAAAGACAGGGACAAGGAGUUACUAGUACAGGAGAACUUCUGCGGGACCUCUAUCAUCGUGCCCGAUCUUGAGGCCGUGCUGUACCUCAAAGAAGACGGCAAGAAGUCCUGGAAGCAGCGGCUCUUCCAGCUGAGGGCCUCGGGAAUUUAUUAUGUGCCCAAAGGGAAGACAAAGUCAUCCCGUGACCUCGUCUGCUUCAUACAGUUUGACAACGUUAACGUCUACUACGGCAAAGACUUCAAGAGCAAAUACAAAGCACCCACUGACUUCUGCUUUGUCCUGAAGCAUCCUCAGAUCCAGAAAGAGUCUCAGUACAUCAAGUACCUGUGCUGUGACGACGCCUGGACCAUGAACCUCUGGGUGACAGGAAUACGAAUCGCAAAGUACGGUGUGUCGUUGUAUGAAAACUUUAAAGCAGCAGAGAAGAAGGCUGCUAACUCUGUGUGGACGAACCGCACUCCCGUGAGCUCCAACCAGUCAACGCCUUCACCCACCAUCAAAGCUAAGUCACCAAACCAGGCCAAUGGUCACGCUGCAAAGCCCCAACCAGGACCUGAGUCUCAGGACUUUGGAAACAUCCCGCCUCCACCUCCACCUCCACCCCCACCUAUGACUGGAUUUCUCCCCCCACCUCCUCCUGACCCGGUCCUUCCUCCACCACCUCCUCUUCUGGCUGCGAAAAGCCCAAAACCUUCCCCUCCCCAGCGUAACCUGCCUACCAACUUCCCUCCACCCGCAAUGGACAACCUCCCUCCUCCGCCGCCUCCACCCAUGGACGACUCCUUCGAGGACCCGCCAGACUUCCUCCCGCCACCUCCUCCUGCUGCUGGCUUUGGAUCUCUCCCGCCUCCUCCUCCCCCUGUUAACUCCUUCCCUCCACCGCCUCCCUCCGCUGGUUUUGGUGGAAUGGGUCAGUCGCUGCCUCCUCCACCUCCUGAUCCAGGCUUUUUACCACCGCCUCCACCUCAGCCAAUGUUUACAGGAGGUGGAACAAUUCCUCCACCACCUCCUCCACCGCCUCCGCCUACCGCGGCACCGAGAGCUCCAGUUCGACCAACUGGCUCAGUGAAGAAGGCACCUCCAGCUCCGCCAAAGAGGACUACACCAUCGCUCCACGGAGGAGGAGGAGGAGGAGGAGGAGGAGGAGGAGACUUUAUGUCAGAACUGAUGAUGGCCAUGAACAAGAAGAGAGGUACUACUUAGGCCGAGGGAGGACUCUGCACCCACACAACGGACCUUAUCAGCCAUGGCUGUGAUGAAACAAAAAAAUAUCUCCAACAUGAAGUGAGUGGAGAUUAACAGACGUCAUCACUUGAUACACUCAACAUUUUCAAACUGCCUUUUUUAAAAUAAAAAAUCUUUAAUUCAUCAAGUAAAUGAGAUAUGAGUGAUUACGAGUAGUUCUGGUUGUUUUCUCAAGAUCUGGACUUAUCAAGUCAAACCAGACUUAUAGAACAGUGGUUCUCAACCUUGGGGUUGGGACCCCAUUGGGGGCCGUGAGACACUGAGAGGGGGUCUCCAGAUGCCUUAAAAAAAAAUAGAAAUAUUUUUUUCAUUUACACUGUCGCCACUUAACACCAAUUUUGGCAGAUUUCAACCCACUGUCAUCACUCUUUUCCCACCAGUUUUGCCAACUUUAACACAUUUUUACCACUUAAAACCAUUUUUUGGACAGUUUUUAACCCUUUCCACCACUUUUUUUAUGCCUGUUUUUGCUACUUUUAAACCAAAUCUUACCAUUCUCUGCCUAUUGUUGGCUCUGCUGACCCGUUAUUGCCACAAUUAACCCCUCUUUACCAAUUUGUACACCGCAUUUCAUGAUUUAAUAUGCCCAUUUUUGCCAGUUUAAACCAUUUCUGCCUAGUUCUUUCACAGCUAACCCGCAAUUUUGCCACUCUAACACCAUUUUAGCCACUUUUUAAAUUCCCUUUUACCACUUAAUAUCCCAGUUUUUGCCACUUCAACCUAUUUUUCCCACUUUCGGUUAUUUUUUUGCCACUUUUA